AUGUCGAAACUCUCACCGUCGCUGAAGACUCUCAUCAAUGCGCCCUUUGCGCGUCCCGGCCAGACCGCUGCGCCAUCGCACAUCCGCGACGUUUACCAGUCGAUCGCUCGCGAUGCGACAUUAAAGAACGUUGGUACAAAGCCAUGGCUGGCCAUCUCGGCCGCAGCAACGUUCACCCUAAACUCUCCCGACUCCCUCGAGUCUCUCUACAGUGUCGCAUCUUCAUCCGGCCGUCCAGACAAGCGCGAAACGGCCGAGUUCAUCCGCGAGAUCGGCCUCAAGUGCAUCAGCUUCAACGGCAUCCCGCGCACCAUCAACUGCCUUAACGCAUUUUACGCCGGCCUCCCCAAGGAGGUGACCGCUCAGUUGGAGACGAAGCCGACGCGCGCACCGAACGCGCAGAACAUUGGCGAGAUCACCGCGCGCGGUCAGGCGCUCUGGGACUCGAUCUACGCGCCUUUCGAGGUUAAGCUGUACGAGAAGCUGGCGCAGUCGCACCCCGACCUGCCGGUGCACAUCCUGAAUAGCCACUACGCGGGGUUGUUAUCGGACCCCAAGGAGCGCGGGGGCCUGGCGAGCGUAGGAAGAGUGCUGACGUCCAUCGUCGCUAUCUCUUGUUUGAGAGCGCAAACGGGCGUCGGCCCACAAGUACUAUCGCACGUCUUCGGAUUGAGGAAAGGCCUGGAGGAUGGCACGUUCAAGGCUGAUAACCAGGAGGACAUCAAGGGCGCACAGUGGCUGGCGAGCGACGAGGGCAGCGAGUGGAUCCUGAAGUCGGUCGACACCAUCACGGAGGCGAUUGGCGGGGCAUCGCGGUCCAACUUUGCACCUGCACGCGAGUCAAAGUUGUAG